ACUUACUCCAACAUCAGCAUAGGAGCAUGAUAAUAUACCUACACAUCAUCAUCUCAACGAAACAAGAACCAUACAAGCGCAGCGCAUGCUCUGUCAUUGCUGAUAUUCACACAUGUCCUAUUUGAGUGAAGGGCUGAAGCAGACAACUUGAUACUGGAAGCCUUCCAUCCUCGAGAACUGAGAGCGAGUGAAGCAGAACGUCACCACUCACGGAAUUCUCAUGAUGUCUGACCUACCGGCAACCAUGAAGGCCGUUGUAUUCCACGGCCCGAAGCAUGUAGCCGUAGAGGACCGGCCCGUUCCGAAAUUGCAACAUCCCAGGGACAUCAUCGUCAAAGUCCAGGCUACCGCCCUCUGCGGAUCUGAACUGCAUGUCUUCCGCGGCCACCAGCCGUCGGCCACGGGAUUCAUCAUGGGCCAUGAGUUUGUCGGAACCGUGGUCGAGGCCGGGGAGGAAGUCAAAUCAGUCGCACUCGGUGACAAGGUGGUAGCCCCCUUUACCGUCUCAUGCAUGGAAUGCUUUUACUGCACCCGCGGCUUCAGCGCCCGCUGCGAGAACUGUCUCCUGUUCGGCUGCCCCGCCCUCGACGGCGGCCAGGCCGAGUACGUGCGCGUGCCGUACGCCGAUGGCACCGUGGUCAAGGCGCCGGCCGAGAUCGACGACCGCGCGCUGAUCCUCAUGGCCGACAUCUUCCCGACGGGCUUCUUUGGCGCGCGGAAUGCCUUCCGCAUGCUGCAGCCGCAACCGGCGAGCGAGGCGACCGUUGUCGUGGUGGGCUGUGGCCCCGUCGGGCUGUGCGCCAUCGCCUCGGCACUCGAGUACCGGCCGAAGCAUCUCUUUGCGGUGGACAGCGUACCGUCGAGGCUGGAACUGGCGCGCAGGCUCGGGGCGGAGCCGGUGAAUUUCUUGGAUGGCAUGGAGGUGAUGCAGCGGAGGGUGAAGGAAGUGACCGACGGGAGGGGCGCCGACGCCGUGAUCGAGGUGGUGGGGUUGAGCCCCGCGCUCAGAACGGCGUUCGAUCUGCUGAGGCCGUUCGGCGUCAUCAGCAGUAUUGGUGUGCAUAACGCCGAGGUAGGUCUCCUGGAGUAGUCUGGUCUUGUACGUGAGGCGAUCUUGCUGAGUGGCCAGCAGAUACCCUGGAACGGUAGUGAGGCAUACGGCAAGAACCUGAGGAUCCAGAUGGGUCGCUGUCCCGUCCGGUCUGUCUUUCCCGAAGCACUACCCGUGUUGGCGAAGAACCAGGACAAGUUCAG